UUUUAACCUCUGGAUCAAAACAAGCCGAUCAGCUGAUGAAACUGGGAACAACAUCUAAUGAAAUGUAGCUGUCGGGCAGCGAAAUUAUCUUAACAAGCUAUACAUAAUAACGGUGUCUUUGUGCUGAAUAAAUUGCACUGCAUGCCAUGUUGUCUAUUAAAAUAUUAUUGCGUAUUUCUCUGUAGAAGCAACGGUUUAGGUUACGAAACAGCCGCCGUCCGCCGGGAAAACAAUCUAGCUGCCAGUUCUUGGUUACUAGGUCCAUCUUUUUGGUUUGACGAAGGAUUGUGUUGAUGGUUUGGUGCUUGAGAAAUUGGUCGUUGGGGUUGAUGUAGAGUAACUGAAAAAUACGCAAGUAUCAUCUUUUGUUAUAAGCGGAUUUGUUGAUGUUUUUACACAGUCACCAUUGCCUAUUUCUGCUGUCAAAUUGGCUUAGCCAACAACAAUAACAACAACAGCUAACCGUACAGUAGGCUAACUAGCAGUAGCAAGAUAAUUACAAUGUUAUUGCUGUUUGACAGCUAACGAUUACUUGCACAUGGGGCUUGUAAGCUAGCUGCAUCUCUGGACAUGUAUGUAGGAAGUCGUCGUUGUGAUUGUUUUGCUGACAGACAGGCACCUCUGUAGAGUACUUUGAUGACAUAGGUCACUUUGACAUAGCCAUAUCACAGUUCAUAUUAAAUGUCCAUCUGCUAAGUGUUUUGGGGAGUAUAGAAGAGACACCACUACUAGGGAAAAAAAACGCAUAAUGCGCUAGAGAAGAAUACAUUUAAAUCUUUAACACUAUAGAAUAUAGCCAUAAACAUAUUUCCCAGCAGUUUGGUUUCAUGGUGCAGUUUUAGACUCAUCGGGCACAGGUUAUCGACAGAAAGGUGCACUUGUUAGCAGUAGCAUACUGAAGUGAUCAUUAUGAGUGGUCAAGGUCCGUCGGUAGAUAAGGGGAUGAACACCAUCCUGGUGUGUCAGGAGAGCUACGCCUGCGGUGGCUCAGACGAGGCCGCCUUCGAAUGCGACGAGUGCGGAAGCCUGCAGUGCGCCCGCUGCGAGCUAGAGCUCCAUCGUCAGGAACGCAUGAGGAACCAUGACCGUGUCCGCAUCGCCCCGGGACACGUUCCAUUCUGUGACUCUUGUAAGGGCGACAGCAGCGGGUGUGGGGCGAACGGGGGCAGGCUGAGGGCGGUGGUGCGCUGCCAGGGCUGUAAGAUCAACCUGUGUCUGGAUUGCCAGAAGCGGACCCAUAGCGGGGUAAACAAGAGGAAGCACCCCGUGACCCCCUACCCUCCUCCGGGUCAAGCCCAGGAUAGUAGCCUGGAGGCUGGGGAUGGAGGGGAGAUGGAGGCCCUCAAGGCAAAACUGGAGAAGGUGUGCAGCUUCUUACUGGUGGAUGCGAAGGAGGAGAUGCAGUUGAAGGAUGAGGAAGACUUUGUGAGCCGGCUGGACUGUAGGCCUGAGGAACUCCUCAAGGUCGUGUCUAUCUUCGGGAACACAGGGGAGGGGAAGUCCCACACCCUGAACCAUACCUUCUUCCUGGGGCGGGAGGUGUUCCAGACGUCCCCUACUCAGGAGUCAUGCACCGUGGGGGUCUGGGCUGCCAUGGACCCCAUUCACAGGGUGGUGGUGAUCGACACAGAGGGACUGCUGGGGGCAGGAUCCAAUCAGGGCCAGCGCACCCGGCUGCUCCUCAAAGUCCUAGCCGUCUCCGACCUCAUCAUCUACCGUACCCACGCCGACCGUCUCCAUGACGACCUGUUCAAGUUCCUGGGCGACGCUUCGGACGCCUAUCUGAAGCACUUCACUAGGGAGCUGAAGGCCACUACGACCCGGUGUGGCCUGGACGUCCCUCUGUCCACUCUGGGACCGGCUGUUAUUAUCUUCCAUGAGACCGUUCACACCAAGCUACUGGGCUCAGACAACCCAUCAGAGUCUGCAGAGCGUCUGCUUCAGGAGCGUUUCAGGAAGCUGGGUCUUUUCCCCGAGGCUUUCAGCUCCAUCCAGUACCGCGGGACUCGAACCUACAACCCCCCGACCGACUUCAGUGGUCUGCUGCGUAGUCUGGAGCAACAGUUAGAUAACAACACUACCCGCUCACCACGUUCUGCAAACGUCAUAUACAGAGCCCUGCAGGCCCUGAGUGAGCGUUUCAGCGGGGAUAUCCCAGAAGAGCACCUGGCCAGUAACUCUUUCUUCCCUGAUGAAUACUUCACCUGCUCCAGUAUCUGUCUCAGCUGUGGGUCUGGCUGUGUGAACAGUAUGAACCAUCGGAAGGAGGGAGUUGACCACGAGGCUAAACACCGCUGUCGCUACUCUGCUCAAUACGACAACCGUAUCUACACCUGUAAAGCGUGCUAUGAGGGAGGGAAGGAGGUGAUUGUGGUUCCCAAGACGACAGCCUCCUCUGACUCUCCCUGGUUUAGUCUGGCCACCUACGCCUGGUCUGGGUAUGUGAUAGAGUGUCCCAACUGUGGGGUGAUCUACAGAAGCAGGCAGUACUGGUACGGGAACCAGGACCCAGUAGACACAGUGGUCAGGACUGAAAUACAACACAUCUGGCCUGGGUCAGAUGGUUUUCUGAAGGACAACAACAAUGCAGCUCAGAGACUGUUGGACGGUGUGAACUACAUCUCCCAGAGUGUGUCAGAGCUCAGUGUAAAACCUGCCAAAGCUGUCACUUCUUGGCUCACCGACCAGAUUGCCCCGGCCUACUGGAAACCCAACUCCCUCAUCCUGAAAUGUUGUAAGUGCAGUGAGGUGUUCCAGGACAACGAUACUAAGCAUCACUGCCGUGCCUGUGGAGAGGGCUUCUGUGACGGCUGCUCCUCCAAGAACCGUCCCGUUCCAGAGAGGGGCUGGGGGCUCGCACCCGUACGGGUCUGUGAUGCCUGCUUCCAGAACCAGGGCAUCUCAGAAGAGCUGCUGGAUGCAGCGUUGGAGGAGGAGGAAGGAGGGACACUCAGUAGGAGAGUAGGAGAGGCUGUUCAGAAUACACUGGGAGCUGUGGUCACCGCUACAUACAUCCCUCUGGGUCUGAUGAAGGAUGCAGCUCGUCCAGCCUACUGGGUUCCAGACCAGGAUAUCCUGUGCUGCUGUGAGUGUCAGAGAGACUUCUCCGCUCCGCGUCUCUCCAUCCACCACUGCAGGGCCUGCGGCCAGGGCGUGUGUGACGACUGCUCCCCUGAACGUAGAGCAGUGCCCUCUAGGGGUUGGGACCACCCAGUGCGUGUCUGCAACACCUGCCACCAGAAACCAGGGGACCUCUAGUAGGAGAUAGGGAACACAUUGGCACCCUAUUCAAAAGUAGGGCACUAUAUAUGGACUAGGGCGCCAUUUGGGACGCAACAAGAGAAACAGUCAAGGGUUGUGUUCAUUAGGCUCGAAAUGAAAGAAAAUGCUCCAAAACAGAGAGGGACUAUCUGUACUUGCCCAAUAAGUCGAUUUUUGUUUUCCCGCUUCUAAACCUUUUUGCUACGGUGUGCCCUAAUGAACACGACCCGGGUUCCACCUAACGCUGUGGAACUCCCGUCUCUCUGUGGCUCAGGCCAGGGAGUUCUUGUUAUUCAUUGUGAUGUCAUCCGUCCUAAAGCCUUGGGACGUCACUUUAUCCUUUGACGAGAGAGAGAGAUACGUUCCUUGGCUUAAAGAAGAAGUUCAUUCCACGUUUUAAGAUGAUUAGCCUAAAUAACUACCAACCUGUAUAAUAAUCUUGGACGCUGGGUGGUUGUAUAUGUACUUUUAAACGGCACGGACAGACAAUAAUAGAAUAGCAUUAAUUCCUAAUCGACUGUAUUUAUUUUAUAUACACUACCAGUCAAAAGUUGACACACCUACUCAUUCAAGGGUUUUUCUUUAUUUUUUACUAUUUUCUACAU